CACUUCCUCCCCUCCCUCCUGCCUGCAUGCCUGCAGUUCUACAGUUUACUGUCAUGGACUCCAGCUCUGCGGUAAAUAACACUCAGCGGGAAGGUUAAAGGAGAGCCUGGACUUCUGAUGGACGGUUGGAGGCGUUUGGAGCUCUGGGAACUACAGCAAGAGAAGAAGCGACAAAACAAAACAAACUAACCUGCAAAGACCAGGGCUGCCUGAUCCUGUUUAGGUCAUCUAUUGACUAUAAGAUGUCUAUCAUGGAGCUGGUCAUCAGGAACUCCAGUCCACACAACCAGUUGGAGGUUUUCACACCAGUUUUUAACUCCAGCUGUCGCUUUAAUGAGGAGUUUAAAUACAUCCUGCUUCCUGUGUCCUACAGCCUGGUUUUUGUUGUUGGCUUCAUUCUCAACUCCAUGGCAUUGUGGAUGUUCAUAAGGAUGCGCCCGUGGAACCCCAGUACUGUGUACAUGUUCCAUCUUGCCUUGUCGGACUUCUUGUAUGUGCUCUCACUGCCCACUCUGAUUUACUACUAUGCUAACCGCAGUGACUGGCCUUUUGGCGUCGCUCUAUGCAAAAUCGUUCGCUUCCUCUUCUAUGCCAACCUCUACUGCAGCAUCCUCUUCCUCACUUGCAUCAGUGUGCAUCGGUAUCUUGGCAUCUGCCACCCCAUCAAGGUGCUGACCAUGGUGAAGUCUCGCCACGCCCACCUGGUGUGCGGCUCGGUAUGGUUUGUUGUUACGGUUUGCCUGGUGCCUAACCUUAUCUUCGUCACCACCUCAAGGAGAGACAAUGACACGCUGUGCCAUGACACAACUCGACAAGAUGCCUUUGAGCAGUAUGUUGACUACAGUUCUGUAAUAAUGGUACUGCUGUUUGGCAUCCCGUUCGUAGUCAUUUUGGUGUGUUACUGUCUGAUGGCAAGGACCCUGUGUCAGCCCAGACAGGGAUUAUCCUCCAGCCAGCAGGCCACUGGCUCCCACCGAAAGUCCAUCAAACUCAUCAUUGUGGUGUUGAUAGUAUUCGCAGUGAGCUUUGUCCCGUUUCACGUCACACGGACACUUUACUACACCUCACGUGUGCUGAAUCUCAACUGUGAGUUCCUUAACAUUGUGAACUUUGCCUACAAAAUCACAAGGCCGCUGGCAAGCCUCAACAGCUGCAUCGAUCCCAUCCUGUACUUCCUAGCCGGAGAUCACUAUCGCUCCAAGUUAAUGUACAUUCUUUCAAGAAAAAGAAACAAGAAACACAACCAAAGUCAAGCAAACAGCAGUUUGGGUCUGGUCUGUAAGAACUUGGCUCCUAAGGCCUGUGAAGAGGCUGAGUGAUAAUUAAGAAUUUCAGUAUUUACUGUAGAAAAAUAUAUUUUCUUCUGUCUUAACAUUUUUCUUGCGGAAUGGACAAUUAUAGUUUUGUUAUAAAUAUAAUUUUCAAUAAGUGCAUCGUAUGUUACAGAUUUUAUAUAUAUACAUAUAUAUAUAAAUAUAUAUAUAUAUGCUGCUCAAAGACUGUUUUAUCAAAUGCUAGUGUAAUACUUGGCAUAACUUGAAGCUCUAUUUUAUGUUUGGUGCGCUAUCACAGUGGUAUUUAGAGACUAUGACACAAAAAACAUUUCAGACCUGACUGAGACUCGGCUCAAACUAGAGAUCUAGGGCUCAAAUUCUGCUCAAAUGUUUUUCUCAUGUAGUUUUCUCAUCAGUGGUGAAACCCUGGAAGUGUAGAUCCACUGGGCAAGGGAAUAAUCUUGUUUCUUUGAAUGCUGUGGUGUAUAAACAUGACUGGUCGUCAUGGUAAUGCUACACACAGUACAUGCCAGCAAAACGAGGUAAUGGCAGCUUACAAAUUCAUUUUGCUUAAUACACCCACAGCCACAAUGUGUGUUAUAAUCCUAAAUGUUUAGUUAAGCUUAUGGUUGUCAUAUCACAUGCCUGAUUAGAACUGUAUUUUAAUUUAGUCAAUAUAAAUUUUGACUGGAUAAGUUAUUUCUUAUUGUGGCUCAGCCGAAGAUUAGGGCGCUGGAAAGGAGGCCUUCCAGCCUUAAUGACUUGCCUCCCAUCCUCAAAGGUAAAAAGAAAAUCUAGCAGUGUGCAGAUGUACAGAAGCAGGUUAGAAAUAAAAGUUUAGGUUUGGUUGUUGUAAUUCCAAUAGAUUUUCACGCUGAAUAUUUGGGAGAAUAAAAUUCUUCACUUUCCCCCCUUUUUUAAAUUAAAAAAUAAAUUAAAGCAGAUAGCAUACCUAUUUCUUAAAGCCUGGUAUUCCUUUUACAUUUCCUUAAAAUACUGAGUGACAUAUCUCUCAUGUUCUGUAUCAAUACUGAAAUUCUUAAUUAUUUUACCAUAUUUUUAAACUUUAAAUAAACAGGGAUAUGAGUCCUAAAAAAAAAAAAAGAAAACACUUUACUUCAAAAGAAAAAUCACAGUUUGAAUUAUGCUGAGAUUUCUAUUGGUCAUUUUGCAUAUAAAAUGUGCUGUGGUUCUUUAAUAAAUAUUACACUAUAUUAUAUUUUAAAAAUUGGUAUUUUGUGUACAAGAAAGAAAUUAUUACAUCAACAUUUUUGAGUAAGUGAGUAAGAGUAUUGAAGAAUGGAGUACGUGUUUUACAUCAAGAUGUAAAAAAUGUUAGUGAUUCAAACUUAAAUAUUAAAAGUUAAUUACUCAAAAUUGGUUUUCACAAAGGUUUGAGCAUUCUGAACAUAUGUUGAAUGAGAGGUUGCCAGCUAAAAGUAAACGUUUCAUGCUUUAGCAAUAAAAGAUUGAAUAGUUAGAAUACAGUAUUACGUUUCCCUGUUUAUGUGUAGUGUAUUUAUUUUUUUAAGCUUUUAAGUUUAUUUUUAAGCACGCAAAAGCACUAAAAAGCAAUUACCCAAUAAAAGCCCACUUAUAAAACUAUAAGAUAACUAACUUAAAUGUCCAAUACUAGAUUUAAUUAAAUUAAAAACAGAAGAUAUGUUGUCAGUAUUGAGUUUCUAGAAUAAUAAAUGUCUUUUUACAUGUAGUAUAACAUGUUCUGGAAAAGAUGAAACUAUAAAAUGUUUGUGUCAAAUUUUAUUGGAGGAUAAUUUUAUUUCAUAACUUACCUAUAAUAUGUGUUUUACUCAUACCAAAUGAUAUGCAUUAAAUAUAAAAAUUUUAUUUUUGUUUGACUGGGACUUGAUUGGGGAAUGUGAACAUCUUUGGUGGUAUUGCUGCACAGUUUUAUCACUGUAAAUGUAAAAAUAUCUUUGAAGAAAAUGUAAUCUGAAAUGUUAAAAAAGGUUUUCAUUGGAUGAAAAACUAUGUGCAAACCUUUCUUAGAUGUAACUUAACUUCAGUUGACUAAGACAGUAAUAUGGUCAGUAUCUUUUCUCAUAGAUGAGAUACCAGUGAGGCAAUCCCCCCUGGUCUAUCAGCAGUGUUUGAAUAUUGCUUGGAAACAACAGCUGCAAUCAGGCCUGCGCUGGAUUCCAGCACAGCUGUUUUUGUCCUUCAACAUGCAGAGCCAACUUUCUCUCUUAACUGGGAGAAAAAUGGGGAGUUAAGUUCGAACUCAGACUCUCUGCUGCCCACCCCUCAGCAAAGGGGAAAAUUGUCUUUCCUUUCCUUCCUUUACCUAUGGGAACUGUUCAUGGAAUUUCAAGGUUUUUUAACGCUGGAACAGUUUUACUAAAGCUGACUUCAUGGCUAUAGUUACAGAUUUAUCUAUUUGCGUAAAUAAAAUUGUCAUCCCAACUGGAUUACUGAGAUAUUAAGUGUGAGGACUAUGAUAUAGUAACUACAGUUUAAGAUUACUUUAAAGCUUUAUAUUGCGAUGGUUUUGGUCUCAUGAGGCGAAUUAACCAGAAACUAAAUCUACAGAGGAACAUGCUUCCUGCUAAAGGAAAAUGUAGCUCAAGUUAAAGUCUUAUGUCUUGCAAGUUACUUUUUAGGAGAAACUGAAACUAUGUCACAGAUGGAGACACAACACAAGCUGUGUUUGGAAAGCAGAUUGUGUAAAACCAAGGAUGAAAGUGCAUAUCUGACUGGUGAUCAGCAAGAAACAAUGCAGACAGAGGUAUUUGACUAAAUUUACUUAGGAGAUGUUAGAAUGAAAUGGUCCUUUCUAUCUCUUCUUUCUUUCAUCUUAUCUUUCAUCUUUUCUCUUUUUUUUUCUUUUUUCCUUU